AUGAAGAAUAUUCAUGAAUUUUUUAUAAAAAUAUAUGAAUUUUUGAGUAUGGAAAUUGUUAAAUAGAACAUUUUUAUUGGUGUUUAUAAUUUUUCUUUAUAUUUUGUUUGUAAAUUAUGUUAGUUUUUGUUAAAGUUUAGAUUGUGUUGUCGCGUGUCUGCCUACAUCUGAUUACUUACAUCAAGUCAAUGUUUAAAAAUAUUGGUACCACCACUACAAACUACACCAACACAAUUAACCUAUCUCUGUCUCUCACUCAGUGCAGCUAAACAGCGCAGCGCAGUAAAAGAGAAGAACAAAUAACAACAUCCAACAACGAUCCAAUCCAAUCCACCACACAUAGUUCUUCGAGUUGCGACUUGCGAUCAGUUUUAUAAACGACGUCGCCGUUGUUGUAUGUGGUGUAUGUCGCGAGCGUGUCCACUUUCCAAUAAUAUCUAUCUAGUGUGCUUAUUGUUUUAUUUCCAAUGUUGUUUGGAGUAAUACAAUUCGACAACGGUGUGUUAUUAAGUGUGUAAAGUGUUUUUUUCUUACAUUCAGCAACCUGCAAAAUUUUAUAUCAAAUCCAGUGAAGUGAAUUGGUGCUUUUGUUUGCUUAGUGUGUCUCAAUUUUCACAUCGGGGAAAUUAAAAACAGUAGUCGGACCCACGUUGACUGACUACAAACAUCGUGAGUGCAAUUAAAUUGGAUGACGACACCGUAAAACUGCCUCUAAAUUCUAUAAAUAACAUGCUGUUUGAAUAACAAAUUUUAAAGAGGAAAAUUUAUCAACCUAGUGUUAUUUAUUAUUUUAAAAAAUAUAGCACAUACUAAUAUAACAUCAUCCCCUUUUAACAAGGGUGGUGUGUUACAAGAACACACACAUUUCAGGGAAAUUUAAUAAUCUUCACGUUGUAAUUUAAAUGGGAAAUGGCUACGACUGCUAAAUUACGUGGUAGCAAAUUUCCUGAUUCUGGUGAAGAAGAUAUUGCAGCGAUUGCGAAACAAAUAAGUGAUCAUGCUGAGGCAAUAUAUCAAACAUGGAAAUCACGUGGUCUUGCACCAACUGAAAUAUUGAAUUGUCAUAGUAAUGCACAGGCAGCGGACAAAUUUGGUAGUACGUUAACACCACAACAACAAACGAGCUCCGUUAUUGAUAGUUCAACAAUUAAAUCGCCAGUUGUUGAUUUGUUACAACAAACACAACAUUUAGAUAACAAUCAUUUAGAAAAAUUUGUGAAUAAUUUUGUUAGUGAGGAUAAAGCGGCUAGAAUGGCUGCAGCACGACAAAAAUCACCAGCUAAAUCGUUACCGUCAAGUAUACAAUUUGCUUUGCAAAAAUUUGAGAGUAAUUUACAAUCACCUUCAUCCACAACUUCCGCCACAACUACGUAUAGUAAUAAUAACAAUAAUAAUUUGACAAAACCAUCAUCGACAAAGCCACAAAUAUUACAGAAACCACAGAUAUCACCAAAACCAGCGUUAUUCCGUCAAGAAUUAUUAUCCGAUACAAUUGAAACAAUAUUUCCACCUGAUUUACAACCACAAAAACCACAAACACCAAAACGGCCUACAUAUUUAGUACAAAAUUCAUCUUCAUCUAUGUCACAAACAGAUUCUUCCACUGUUUCAUCCACAACUUCACCAACAGCGGGCUUACAAACAUGGCCACUUAAAAAUAAAAUUGAAUCACCAAAACGUACCGUAAAAUCAACCUUAGAACAAAUUUCAGCACCGCAGUCUUUAAAUAAUGAAUCAUCAAAAUAUGCCACACUCCCAUCAUCCAAAAAUAGCCCAUCAUAUUUGGAUGAAGUGGCCAGAGAAGAAGAGAGACUUAUAAAUGCAUUAAAAACUGGGGUUAUUAUUGCUGAGGAUCGUACAACUCCUGAACGAACUUUAUCCUCGAAAAAAAAUAAAUCGAAUGGUUCACCCUCGUCACCAUCCCCGUCAUCAUUCAUAAAAAAAGAUGUAUCUCCAAGUCGGGAAGCCGUUAGUUGUUACUUAACUUCACCUCCUUCGAAUCAAGAUCGACCAUUGUCGAAAGAUGAUCGUAACGAUUUAUCAAAUAUGUCUAUUGUCGAUUAUGCCAAAGUACGCUAUCGCGCUGCUCAACAGACACCACAACAGCGUUUGGACGAUGUGAUCGGUAAACCAACUAUUGAACGUAGCGAAACACCUGUGGCGGCUAUUGUUUCAAGAGUACGUAAUAAAUUUGAACCCCCAACCGCUUCCACCGGUGGUGCAGGUGAUCAAAAAACAUCAGAUGUGGUUGAUAUGUCAACACGAUGGGGCUUACGACCACGACCUCGAACCAAUAGUGGUACGAAUCUGAAUUCAACCGAGAAUAGUCACCAUCAAAAUGUCCCACAUCCUGAAUUGACAAAUAGUCAAAGACAACAUAUCAGAGCAGCUGCGGCUGCUACAAAUAGUUCUUUAGUAAGUGGUAAUAAUCCGGUACGACCAUUUUUAACACGUGGUUCAGUGGCUGAACGUGUACUUAUAUUUGAAAAGUGUCCUAGUGAGUUAUUGUUGGACAAACAACGUUCGCGUACAGCGCCAGCUAUAAAUACAUGGCGUAAUGGACAUGAAGUUCAUCAUAAAGCACAGAAUCAAUAUAUGUCAACUUUGUUAAGAGCAAGAGUUAAAGAUCGAAAUCGAAAACAAAAUCCUAGAAAAUUGAAAAUACAAUUAUAUUUAAAUUGGAAAGUAAUACGAUCAAUAUUUAACACAUUUGGCCGUAAAGAGAUCAGUUCAAAACCUUUACCUGCACAUACAACACUUCAGCGUCACAUCAAAGCAAACCGGAAUGUCUUCAUACCAAGGUUUUAUUUCCCACAAGGAAAACCAGUUUCGCCAAUUCAAUAUGAACAAACGUUACAACGUAUACAAGCGGCAUUUGCAAAAGAAUCAAGUGGACUAGUAACCAAAGAAACAUGUUCAGUACUUACAGAAGCAUGCGAAUUACCACAUUAUUGGAAAGUACCUUUAUUUAAUGCGGUUGCCCGUGACAAUAAAAGUAUCGAUGUUAAUAAAUUUAUUGAAUUUUGGAAACAAAUGGUAUCGCAAUGCCAUGAUCCGGCUUCCAGAUUUGUUUAUAUUUUAACACAAGGUCAACGUACAUGGCUAUGUCCAGAAGAUUUUAUAUCACUUAUACAGGAUGUAGUUGACUCACAUCCUGGUUUAACGUUCCUUAAAGAAGCUACCGAAUUUCAUUCAAGAUACGUACAUACUGUGAUAGCUAGAAUUUUCUAUUGUGUAAAUCGAUCAUGGUCUGGUCGAAUAUCAAUUUCAGAAUUACGUAGAUCAAAUUUAUUGUCAGUGAUUCAAUUACUAGAAGAAGAAGAAGAUAUCAAUCAAGUGACAGCAUACUUUAGUUACGAACAUUUCUAUGUAAUUUAUUGUAAAUUUUGGGAAUUGGAUAGAGAUCAUGAUUUAAUGAUUGAUCGACAAGAUUUAACAAAACACAAUGAUCAUGCAUUAUCUUCAAGAAUUAUUGAUAGAAUAUUUAGUGGGGCUGUAAAUCGUAACGGACCUAGAAGUUUAUCAAAUCAUCGUGAAGAAAAAAUGAGUUACACUGAUUUCGUAUGGUUCUUAUUAUCUGAAGAAGAUAAAAUGCAUCCAACUGCAGUUGAAUAUUGGUUCAGGUGUAUGGAUUUGGAUGGUGACGGUUUCUUAUCAAUGUAUGAGCUUGAAUACUUCUACGAAGAACAAAUGCAACGUAUGGAAGCAAUUGGAAUUGAAACUUUACCUUUCGAAGAUUGUCUGUGUCAAAUGUUAGAUAUGGUUAAACCAGCACAACUAGGAAAGAUAGCACUUGGUGAUCUGAAAAAAUGCAAAAUGACACCAAUAUUCUUUGAUACAUUCUUUAAUUUAGAAAAAUAUUUAGAUCAUGAACAACGUGAUCCAUUCGCGUCGCAACGUGAUCAUGAUGGCGAAGGACAUGAGUUGUCGGAUUGGGAUCGUUAUGCUGCUGAGGAAUAUGAAUUAUUAGUUGCUGAAGAAGGGGGCGACCAGCAAGAUCAAAUCUCGUUCGAUGAAAAUGAUUGUGUGGAUCAAUUAUCAACAAGUUUGGACAUGAUAUUAUCACCAGAUAUUUAUAACAACGAUGUAUUAUCAAAAAAUACAUUAAACAAUAAUUCAUUAUCACAAUCACAAUUACAACAAUCGCAACCAAUGAUACGUACAUAUAAGUGUUUGAUCAACGAAGAUUGGAAUGAUUUAGCAAAUAAUUCUCGUCCAAUAUCCGAUGACGACGAUGAUUAUGCUCAGGACAGUGAUGAGUGUAGCAUUUAAUUACAACAAAAAUUAAACAUCCAAGAAAAUACACAAAAAAUUAAUAUUCAGUGCACUUUUUGAAUC